AUGACAUCACCAGAAACCCUGCAGAAUACUGAUUUGGCCGAAGAAAUCGAAGCCAUCAAUGCCAUCUACGAUCCGGAUACUCUCACUAUCACGAACACUUCCUCGACCGGUCCCUCAACCCUCAGCUUGGGAGGAUCCGGCUCCUCAGACUCCUCCCCUCCGACCACGAUAAAACUCCAACUUCCCGAAUAUCCCCACCUGUCCUUCCUUCUUGGCUUCGAUACGACCUAUCCUGACACCCCGCCUAGGAUACUGGGAACAGCAUCCACCGCGUCCAGAGGAGAGGGUAAACUCGCGGUCGAUGUGCUAGAGGAUAUUCUCGGGCGGAUAUACCAAGUUGGGGCGGUAUGUUUGUUCGAUUUGAUCAAUGAUGCGGUCCAGGCAUUCACGGAGUUGAAUAUCGGCGGCAAUGACGCUCACGCGCAACCCACCGAGACUGCGAUCGAAGAAGACAACCAAUUAGUUAUGGAAUCCACUAUCCCUGAUCACCACACAUUCAACCUCACCUCCCCGCCACCAUGGAUCCUUUCUGAUAUCAUCACUGAGAAGAAAUCGGUUUUUGUGGGUCGCGCGGCUCAUGUUACGAGUUUGGACCAGGCCAAGGCGUUUUUGGAUCAUCUUCUCGCGACGGAGAAGAAGGUUGCGACGGCGACGCAUAAUAUCAGUGCUUGGAGGAUACGUGAGAAUGGGGAUGCUACGGAGAUGAUUGUGCAGGAUUCAGAUGAUGAUGGGGAGACGGCGGCCGGUGGACGAUUGCUGCAUUUGAUGCAGUUGAUGGAUGUGUGGGAUGUGGUGGUGGUCGUGACAAGGUGGUAUGGGGGUGUGUUGUUGGGGCCGGAUCGGUUUCGAAUUAUCAAUGCGGCGGGGAAGGAUGCGUUGAUAAAGGGGGGUUUCGUGAGGGAGAAGACCGCGGAGAAGGGGAAGAAGAAGGGGAAGAAAUGAUCUGGUGCAGGUUGUGUUGUGUCUUGCCCUGGUCCGGAGGAGGACAAUGCAGACAAAGGGCUCCCUGGAUUGAGAACAUCCGGUUGUGAUGCGCUCUGCUAAUGCCACGGGCUAAGUGGUAUGGUUCUAAGCGAAUUGCAAUUGCAAGGACCUGCGCACUUGCGCAGAAGCGCAUGGUGAUUAGCAGUUGAUGCCUACACGAUUGGAACGGUCGGAAUCAGCGCAGGCAACGGCUAGCCAUCUCGGAUAGAUCUGAACUUGGCGACAUCGUCUUCGGGCUGGAAGCUGAGGCUUGGUGGUAACCUCUGCAGUUGGAGUGCUCGAAAGGGUUCUAGCUUCGCCUGGGAAACGGCUGUAGUUGGGAUACCCGUAGAUCUAUCUCUCUUUGACCUGGAUAUCACAGACAGAUAAAGAAAUAGAUCCCCUGACGAUCUUCAUCUCGUCCACGAAUGAGGACGGCAAGAU